AACGAAUGUGUGAGAACUUUCUGGUUAACUCACAUGAAAGGUCAACCUCGCAAACCAGAAUCUUUACCUUCAGUCCUCCACAUGCUGUAGGGGAGGCUUGCGAGGUUGAUGAAAGGUUUGUACGUUAUUGGUGAGCUUGUGUAUAUAUAAAUAGACUUUGCUAAAUGGUAUUGUGAAAUAUAAAAUAUAUCUUACAAUUUUUAUUUUAGUUUUCGUUAUCACAAGAUCAAGAAACACGAAGUUUAAGUUUUGAGAUCAAAACCCUCAAGGUAUUUAAUAAUUAAAAUGCAUUCAUUUGCAUGGGUAUGACUGAAAGGAGCGUCAAUACAGGGAGAGUGAAAUCGGAGAGUUAAGCCCUGGGCAAACUAGGAAACAUUGUUGCGGAAACAUUGUUUCCUGCCAAUGUUUCACCAUGUUUCCCAGAGUGGGCAAACACUUGGAAACAUUGUUUCCUGACAAUGUUUCGCCAUGUUUCCCAGAGUGGACAAACACUAGGAAACAUUAGUGAGAAACGUAGGGAAACAAUAAAUGUUUCUAAAUUCGCUAGUAAACAUUUUUGCUUCUCGGGAAGCAAAUUUGUUUCCGCAACAAUGUUUCCACGGGUGGGCAAACAGGGAAACAUUUGAGGAAACAUUGAAAAUCACAAAUGUUUCCACAACAAUGUUUCCUAGUUUGCCCAGGGCUUUAGGAUUUUGGAGAGUUAAGUUCGAGCCACGCCACUUUUUCUAACGAAUAGUACACUCACUGUAAGGUAGUUUGCAAUCUCUUUGCAAUCUAAGAGGCUAAGCCAUGCAAACCAGCUUAUGUUAAAAAGACGUUUAUUAUUUACGAGGAUAUAUAGAGAACAGAAAUACGUGAUAUUAGACGCAUCCAGAAUAACCAUUGUCCUCUUUUAGGGUUUUAAUUGCGUGGAAAAUAUGCCAUUUUUUCAUCCCACUGAAGAUCCUGGCAGCGAAGGAGAGAAAACAGCCUCGUUGGAGUUAUUCAUCAUGGAAAAACGUUCCAAUGAUAGCGAUAAAUUAUCGUUUGAGGUAUGAAAGUUCUUACAAGCUAGAUCAGUUCUUCAAUUCAAGUCCGAGAAAGUCCUACUGCGAGUCCGAAAAGGAAUGAAGUUGAUUUAUCCAGUCUAUAGUUAUAAUAACUGGAGUUUAAAUGAAAUGAGUAAAACAAAAAUUGAAGACAAUUGAUAUUCAUAGUGUCGGUAGUAAUAUUGUCAAUAUAAGUCAUAUAAAGAUUAAAUUUGACAAAAGUACUAAACCUUAACGUGCAUGUAUUUUACGUUUUACAGAAAUUUUCAUUUGGAAGUUGUGAUACGACUGUGGUUGUAGAAGAGACGCUGAUUUUUGCCAUCUUAAAAGACUUUGGCUUGCAUAAGAAAGUGGCGCAAGUAUUCUUUGAAAGGUAGAUAUUACAGAUAUUUUAUUAGGGAGCUACUAAUGACAACAAACACAGAAGAUACUUUAACAACAUUCUGAACACUUAGUCCCCAGUUAUGCGAUACUGGAUUCACUUAGUACGACUUGCAGCUCAGGAAUAAUGUCCUCCCAUAACAUUUCCUCCUUGACAAUUUUCGUUUUAUUUUGUCAUUUGUCCUGAAACGGUUAAAUUCGAUGUUGUGACAAGCGAAUCCAGCAUUGUGUCACUGGGCUAUAUAUUUUCGCAAGAAUGGAAAUUAACCUAAAAAGUCGACCGCUAAAAGUACAUCGCCAUCGAUUUUCGCGACAUUUUGCACCGAAUGGAAAUCCGCCUUUAGUCAGGGUACGAUGAAUAACGUACUUAGGCCUACGUACCGGAGAUAUGCAUAUAGUACGGUCUGGUACUUCUUUUCCAACCAAGUAUCACGUAGAUACGCAGUACUCUCGCUAUCUGCGUACUUACUUUUUGCCGAUACCAUGCAUAUAUGACUUUUCCAAGGCCUAGUCUUAACCGUAAUUAAGUCGGUAUAUGUGUACCUCUGGCAUGUCUUAGCAUGAAACAUGGUUGGAAUGGUGGAAAUAAAGAAUAUUGGAGACGAUUGUAGUAUCUGUACAGUAUAUGCAAUUAUGCUCCUUGCUCUAACUCCUAGUUUCAGGUUACCGAUAAUGAAUACUUUCAGAAACCUGUACUUUAUGUACUUCAUUCUUAAGACUAAGUACACCUUGAGUACCAGCUCAAGUACGCGGCAAUAAUCAUUGGAGUACCAGUAAGGUACGAAUAGAACAACAACAACAACAACAACAACAACAACAACAACAACAACAAUACAUUUAUUUGUACUCGAACAUUACAGUAACAACACACUAGUAUACUCAGAUAAUUACAAUUGAUGAGUACAGGCCACCUGAAAUAACCAUAAGGGCUAGACGAGUCAGGUGACCUUUAUUAGACAAAAAAUCUAAGUGAAUGGGUUUGGUCAAUUUUAUGCAAUAUUUUAUAGGAAAGCAAACAAGAAACAAGAAACAAAACACCAACAAAUAGCAAACGAAUAGAAAAAAAUAUAUAGAAAAAAGAAAAAGAAAAAAGAGCCAAAAUAUAUUCAUCAUUUUAAAUUUUUGAAUUAAUAAGAAGCAAUUAUAUGUUCUUUAAGUUUUCUUUUAAAGGUUUUUAGACACAGAGACUUCAAAGAUUCAUCGACAGAGCUCCAAACUUUAGGUCCACAAAAUCUAAUAUUAAAUAUUCCGUAAUUUGUACGAACUGGUGGGAUAGCAUAUACACGCGGGAUGUUUUGCUAUGUGUACACUAGUGCCCUGAAUUCUCGCCUCCCUGAGAAGUAUCCAGGGUAAAUCACGAUAACAAAAUAAUAAUAACUUUAUAAUAACUUUAUAAUAAUAAUAAAAUACAAAUACUGAUUUCUCACCGUUUCUCUCUCGCUGGUUAGUCUCGCAUGCUUGUUAAUCACGUGACCCAUCACAAAAAUGUCAAUGUUCGCCUUGGCUUCGUAAAGCUCCGUAAUGAGCCCAGUUCGCUACACUAGGCCUACAUUAUAAAGAACGAGUCACAAACACUGAUCACUUUUGUAUUAGGUAUAGUCAGUAAAUGCCACUAACAAAGCAUCAUCAUGUUAACUUCAUAGUUACAACAUUAUAAUGCUCGUGUAAUUUCUUGUUUUUCAGUCGCGAAGAGGAAAGUGCAGCUAAAUCCAGUCCAUCUUCAAAACGAUUUUACUUCGAGCAUAUUGAGCUGCGAGCUGUUGAAGUGAUUUUAACCUUGCUACCAGCUAUUGAUCUGCCUGUUGACCUGAAAGUGAUUAAAAACAAUUUGGGAAUUCCUAAUCAGUUACCUCCAAGAUUUGAAAAUGCUUGUUUAUAUUUUGGUAAGUUAGAUAUAUGCUGCCAUGUUACUAUAACAGAAUUCAGGGGGUCAACUCCCCAACCCACUUUGACUAUUUUACUCCAAAAAUCUCCACAGAUAAGGUUUAUACCCCCUCUCAUUAUCCCUGAGUGGUUUUGCUGCAUCCUCCUAGUUCUAGCACCGUUGGGGCGAAACUAUAUGACCAAAUAAUUUAAAACCGUAACAAUUCGCACAAAAAUACGUAGUUGAAUUGAAAUAGCACACUGUAUGCGGAGGAAAUGGUAUGAUAGCAGACUGUUUCACUGCAAAACAUUUUGACUCAAAGACUUGAGUAAAAUGCACCCACAGUGACUCAAAUUUAUGAGCAAAUUUACUCAUUUUUGAGUGAAAUAAACCUUUACCCUUUAAUAAAAAAUUGAGCAAAUAUGCUCGUUAAUUUUACUCAAAAUUUUGAAUGACCAUGGAUGAUUUAGACAGAAUUAUUUUACUCAAGUUUUUAAGUAGAAAUAUUCAGGGAUUUUUUGCAGUGAAGGAAAGAAACGAAUAAAAUUCGUGCAAUUUUAUGAAAGUUUUAGAACAGCUGAAGCAGUUCAUAAUAAUAUUAUAUGCUAAAUCCGACUAUACUCCGGGUAUUAACGAUAAGUUGUCUACUUGAUGUGGAUAUUAAACAUUGCUUUUCAUGAAUAUUUCAUUCCAGACGCAUUCGCACGCAACAAUAUCCAGUAUGGUUCAUAUAAAUACAUUUCAUACGAUAUCAAGAAACAUUACUUAAAGGUAAGAUCGGCAUGAUUUGAUAACCACGUGGCCUUUUCUCUAUAGAAGAACAUGAAAUUAAACAGAUUAUUAACCAACCCGAGCGUCUGUAAUAUUCUAUAUUGAUUUUGACUCGUACUUGUUGAUGUGAACGACAUUAUUUAAACAUUACUGUUACGUGAAUUUGGCAAUGGUAAUAUUUAUUAGGUCUAGGUGCAUGUUAACAUAGGCAGCAAAAUAAUAAGUUAUUGAACGGUCUGUGCUAGUGUAGGUCGUGACAAUAAUAAGAAAGCUUGAGAUUGAUAGGGAUGCAACUACCUGAAAAAAAAGGAGAACUUCGACGUUUCGAGCAAAUGCCCUUCGUCAGGUAAUAAGUUCAACGAGUCCCAUGAUAGACUUGGUCCAAGUUCCUAUUUCUUUGAUCUGUUAUAGUGGGAGACGCGUCAGUCAUUAAUUUUGCACUAUAGUAGAUCAGAGAAUCAGGACUUCGAGCAAGUCUAGCCACAAGUUAGGACCGAUCAUUGAGUAACAGCAUUUCUUCGACUUAAUGGGAUGAAGCAACGGGUGCAACCUGAUUUUUAACACUAAUCCCCUUCCACCCUUACAGAUACUGUAAGUAAGAUGCUGUUAAGAAUAAUUAGAGUUCUUAAAACCCACAUUUCACUGAAUAAUAAAUCUAACCACAUUCAUGAAUACUAAAUCUUUUUAAAAUAUAUUAACAUUUGUUGUCCGUUUACACAAAAACUCGCGUACAUUUUAUUUCAAAUUUGUGGUUUUGAUUGACAUCUUGUCUGUCUUACUCUUUCAACACAGUCUUAAUUGCAACAGAAAAUAAAGGACCGUAGUUAAAAUAUUAAAAGCCGUACCAUAUACAAAUAAUAAUUGAUCUAGAUCUGGAUUAAUUUCGUUGUUACCACAGCUUCUUCAGUAAUACGCCAUAUUGUUUUAAUCCAAGGAAUUAGGAAGUCAGUCAGCCCGAGUUCUUGGUUCGAUGCAUCUUUUUGGUAACGUCUCUCGUCUUAAACAAGAUAUAAUGUCUGGAUUUACCACGCUUCGCGAAACAGGAGAAUUUAUAACUUUCUUUCAUCAAGUUACUACCGGUGUGGCUAGUUCAUAUAGCAAGGUAGGCAACAAGUCCUCCAAUGAUUAUUGCCGUGUACUUGAGCUGGCACAAACGUAAGACUCAAGGUGUACUUAGUCUUUAGAAUGAAGUACAUCAUGUACAGGUUACUAAAAGGGAUCCCUUCAGUAACAUGAAACUAGUAUGGUGUUAUAGAUCAAGAAGCACAAUUGGAUACACAAUUAAACACUAUGAUCGACUCUGACAUUCCUUAGCCCCAUCUCAUCAUAUCAGUCCAAUCAUGUUUAAUGCCCAGUCAUGCUAGACUUGCACAUAUUCCCACUAAAUUAUGGUUUUGAAUAACGUGGGCUUGGACAGGUCAAGUGGUACAAGCAAAAAGUAAAGUACGCAGAUUAGAAGAGUAUCGCGUACCCACGUGGUACGUAGCUGACAACACAGAAGUACCAAACCGUAAUAUUGGCGUAUCGCACCCUGCAUAUAUCAUACCAUGUUUUUAUUAUCCUCUAGUUGAUACUAGAGGUAUCAACGGCAAAGGUCUAUCGUCUCAAUACUUUGCUGUUGAUACACAAACGUUGCCUACAGGCGAUACUAUUAUUACAAUCCAGGUUCGCCCGCACGACUUGAAAGCCCCGGGGCUUGGGGCUAUUUUGCGUCUUCUGGCCCACCCUUGGACUUUAUUGAACCGAACAAUAUACAAUUCAUUUUACUUUAACAUGUGGCUUGGGGCUAUUUUGCGUCUUCUGGCCCACCCUUGGACUUUAUUGAACCGAACAAUAUACAAUUCAUUUUACUUUAACAUGUGCACGUCAGUUUCUCAUAUUCCAGGUGCCUUCCUAACACUUGGUGAAACUAAUACAUGGUUUGUUCAUAACUCUAAAUUUAGUUCGCAGGAUCAUGGUCAGAUUUAUUUGGUCUUACCUCUCCAAGUCAUUCUGUAGAAGCACCUCCAGCUGCUCAUGAGAGACGACAUUCUGAUCCAAGUGAUCUUGAUGUUGCUGUUUUACGACAACUGUCAGAAGAGUGUGCCGAACAUUUUCAAGUAAACAGCACGCCUAAAAGAAGGUCCAAAGACGACAGUGACGUAAGUGAUCAAUUUUAUUCUUUCAAAUGUGUUCAUCCUGUCACUGUCAAUAUGUGUCUUAUUGAUUUUGGGCCAGUUCCCAUAUUGACAUCUUUAUUAACAGCAAUUUCGAUUUUAACCUUAAACUAAUUCUAAACCAAACCACUGUGACGUCAUUUCGGGAUAUUUGUAUCGAAAGUCACCCUUAUUUUGUUGAUCUCCUCACUAGAAUAUGGUAUCAGAGGUGAAUACAAGCAGGAGACGAUGGGCACAACUGCCCCCCCCCCCCUAGCUUUUUAAAGUCUUCAUAUUGCUGCUUUACUGUUAAAGUCGUAUGUAGUAUGGGUUUUAUAUCUGUAAAAUGUGAAUUAAAUUUAGGCCAUAAACACUGAGAUUUACAGCAACGAAAAUUGCGGGAAUAUUUGACAACCUUUCUUCACACCCAGAAUAAUCCGCCAGUGUCCACCAGUGCAUGGUGUAGCAGUGCUUUUGUUUAGAAUUUCUAAUAUCUCUGGUAUUCAUGUUAAAUUUUAUCGUUGCUCACCAGGUGCUUGAUGUGGACGAGUCUUCAGAAAGCGUGUGGUUAAACACAAAUCUACUGCCUGAUAUCACGAAUGAGACAGAUGGCCUGAACUGGGAUACAGAAAGCAGUGAUGGAGAAGGAAAUCUACGGAUUCCACUGAGUCUAAUUCCCAGAAAUGUGAAAAGACAACUGAAAGGACAGGAAUUUCUAAGAAGAUUGAAAGAGAAUCUUGGAGACAAUGAACAUGGCGAAGUGUAAAUAUUCUUGCUUCUCUUCUUCACUGAAUGGUCUGUGUCGGAUUAACCGUAUGCAGGAUCGCCGAGGGAUGUCGCGGGGCCCGAGAGAGUUUUCCCUGAUACCCCUAUACGACGUUAUAUUGGUUACACUCACUGAUCCGCAGUGAAAAUGUGCAUAUAAUGAACAAAAUUAAAGUUCAUUAUUUAUCUUUUCAGGUUGUCCACCAGGGGAUGAUUGUUCGAAAUCCGAUAUCCCUAAGUCAACUUAAAUUUUAAAGCAAACUUCCCAACAGUGUAUUAGUAGGAAUUUUCUUCUAUGAAGUUUAAACAAAAAUAUUUUUGAAACAGCAGGUUUAUUAAAUUUUAACCGAGGGUUAGGGCUAAUCCAGCUUUGAACACAAGCUCCAGAUGUCAGACAUGUGUUUCCGAACUAAAAAUGAGCAUACGAGGGUGACGGGCGAAAGGUUACCUAUCCGCCUUUCUCCCCCUCCCAGGUGCGGUUGGCCCAAAAUAUAUAGAGACACGUGCUUGGCUUCAUCGAAGCUUUUAACCUAUUUUUGGUUUCCAUUUCAGAUUUGCGUGCUGUUUUAAAGUACGCAAGAAUGUUGUGGAAUCGAAAUUAAAUGCAUUGUUGUCAAAUCGCAAAGUUUACUUUCUAAAAGGUCGACCUAGUCACGAGUCUUUAGUACUUUGUGUGAAGUAUGAGGCUUUGUAUAAAGCUCAGUAUAUAUUUCAAGGUAAGAGGUUUUUACUUCUCUUAUAUUACAUAUCUCUUCCACUCCCCAUUUGGAAGUUUCAGACUAUAGUCCGCAUUUCAAUUUUCACUGCAAUUAUUACAAUGCUUUGGGGGUCAGCUGUAUGAAACUGCGUAUUUUUCAAUUAAUGGAACAAUGCUCUUUAGACCGGCUAAGAAUUAAUAGUAGACACAGACAGCUUUUUCUGUGGGAGAACGGAUUAUGGGGGUGAAGUACUCCUGUUACAAAAAGUGUUAUAUUAAGUAUAUUUAACCCAAUGGCCUUAUAUUUGAUAUAUUUAACCUUUAUGGCCUUAUAUUUCAUCCUGCGGGGUAUAUAUAAGGUCCGCUCUGAAACACCUAGGGGUAAGGGUCCCUAGGGCUGCCCUGGGGGUAGCGACCCCCUCUGACCGUAUUAACCUGAACCAAGGGUAAGGGUCCCUUGGACAGUUCCUAUAACUCGGCCGAUUAUAUUUACAUUGAUUGAGUCUAUGAACUUGAAGGUGACCUUUGGGAGCACUUCAACCCCAAACUAAUAAACGUUUUAUUGCAAUAACUUCAGCAAAUAAAAAUAGGUACGCAGUGCGUACAUAUUGCAUGCCAUCUGAAACCUUAUGGUGCGCUAGUGCUUAUAACUUUUGGUACAACUGGCCUGAAACUUAAAAUAUUGAUUCAAUAAGUUUAACAUCAAUAUAUUAAUUGAAAGAUAGCUAUUAUGUCAAAAUACGAAAGCUUAAGAUUCUCAUGCGAAUAGGCAAUGUUUUUUAUGAGCGACUGUUCAUCCUUAGUUGCAAGCGACGGUAAUAACAAGGUCAAGGUUUUAUCACUGAUUAACUGUUGGAUAUCAAUCUCAGAUAUCAGGUCACGACUUCGAUUCCCACCGUGGUCAGUUAAACGUUUCAGCUUGCCCGGUGUGGAUGCGCACUCAUAGUAACAUUAGAAACAUCAUAAAUAAUGUUAUUUCCUACAAAUUUAGCUUUAUUGUGGCUUUUUGAGGUAUAAAAUCCCGUGCAUGGAAAUGGUGAAUUACUAUAAUAUAUUGAAAAUAAUCUCGACUAUGAUUGAAAUUAUCGAAGUAGAAUGCUACUUCAUUGCAAUUUCAAUAGUAUUAAUGAGAAUUUUGUUUGAUAUUUUGAAUAUAUUUCAUGUUAUUUGCAAAAUGUACCAUAGUUUUGAAGUUUUGCACACAAUAUAUCAGUGCGAGCACAAAGGCUCCGUUUCAAUUUGAGCAUAUAAAAAAUGAGUAUUUUCAUAGCGUGGCCUUUCACGAUAUAUAAAUAACGCCUGAAAAAUAAUCGGUGCGAGCACAACGGCUCCAAAAUCACAACAAAUAACGGAAUAUAAGGUAAAUUAAGGACAGCGCUUUACCUAUACCUCGAUCUAUUUUUCUAAAGCGCUCAAUUACGUAAAUUUUCGGCGAACAAUCAAUAUUUUCUUUGCCUUUCCUCGACGAAAGCCGUGGACGAAAACGUGCACGAGUGAUUCACAUCGCAUGAAAAUGCUCGUCGAAAAAACUCGGUAUUUGUCGUAUUUUACGAAUCUGCCACGCGAUUUACCACCGCUGGUACACCGCGGACACGAAAUUUAGAGCUAUAUGAAAGUUGCAUGCCAUGCAAAAACAACAAUUAUUAAUGCUCUACUCUGAAAGUUUGUUUGUUUGUUUUUGUUUUUUGGGUUUUCUUAAAUAUGUAUAUAAUAAUAUGAUAUAGUACAUCGAGCACUGUGAAAGCGUAUUCCAAUGAUAGUGUUAUCUCCAAUAAUAGUGAUCUUCGAUGAUAGUGUUCACCAUAAGUGUUUUCUGUAAUCCCUUUGGACAAGUGGUGGUUCAUGGGUGGGGAAGUGUUACAGCAGCUUUAGAACAUUCCUUUGUUAAGACUUUGAAACAAGUGAUCUCUUUCAACUGUGUUUGGUCUAUUUUAAUGGCUUAACCGAAUUGAAAUCGAUUGUCAUAUAAAUUAGACUAAAUUUGUCAUAUAAAUAUAUAUUUGACAUAUAUAUUUGAGAUAUAGAGAAUUUCAAAAGUAUCAGAAUUUCUGAUACUUUCGACAACCAGUCUCUGCAGUUUAAGUAUAUUUCACAAUAGGGGAUUUGAAAAGUAUCAGAAUUUUUGAUACUUUAGACUAUCAGUCUCUGCAGUUUUAAGUAUAUUUCACAUAUAGAGGAUUUUUUAAGUAUGAUUGAGAUAUAGAGGAUUUCAAGAGUAUCAGAAUUUCUGACACUUUGGACUACCAGUCUGCAGUUUUAAGUAUAUUUCACAUAUAGAGGAUUUCAAAAGUAUCAGAAUUCUGAUACUUUGGACCACCAGUCUCUGCAGUUUUAAGUAUGAUUGAGAUAUAGAGGAUUUCAAAAGUAUCAGAAUUUCUGAUACUUCGGACUAUCAGUCUCAGUCUGCAGUUUUAAGUAUAUUUCACAUAUAGAGGAUUUCAAAAGUAUCAGAAUUUCUGAUACUUUCGACAACCAGUCUCUGCAGUUUAAGUAUAUUUCACAUAUAGAGGAUUUGAAAAGUAUCAGAAUUUCUGAUACUUUGGACUAUCAGUCUCUGCAAUUUUAAGUAUAUUUCACAACGAGGAUUUCAAAAGUAUCAGAAUUUCUGAUACUUUGGACCACUAGUCUCUGCAGUUUUAAGUAUAAUUGAGAUAUAGAGGAUUUCAAAAGUAUCAGAAUUUCUGAUACUUUGGACGUCUAGUUUCUGCAAUGUGUGGUCUCGGCAGCUUAAGAUUUAAACUAUAUAGAAAACAUUGUAUGAUACUUUUAUAUAUUUCCAACCCAACGGAGUGUUGCACAUUUCGUUAUUUUUCGUGUUUUUGAAAUCGUAAGAUAUUGUCGCAUGUAUUGCAAAUAUUAUUUUUUACGGAAGGGGUAUUUUUAUCUCCAAGGUUUUUGGUGUCAGUAAAAUUUGAUAAAUAAGGCUGUUUUUGUCGAAAAAAUAUUAUUUUGGAAAAUGCAAAGAUAGUUUGGAACGCGUUUAGAGAGCAUUGCCCAUUAACUUAAAUUUAUAAUAUAUAUAAAUUAGCUGCUGUGUAAAAGUACCUGAAAGCUGUGAUACUAUAUAAACCUGCAAUGCCAACGGCCAGUUUGAGUAUACCUCAUAAAUAUCACUAUCUGCGGUCGCCUUGGAUAGCGCUAUCCCACCUUCAUACAACCAGCCCUUAAUCUAAAUGUAUUUAUUCUAUAAGCUAUCUUUUUAUACCUUCAGAGAGAGAGAGAGAGAGAGAUAGAUAUAUAAAUUCAAAUUCUAACAAUACAUUUAUUUCAAUAGUUUUCGGGGUUUUUGGGACACCCUGUAUUUGUAAAUAUUUUUAAUUGAUUUGUGACGCCCCUUAUGACAACCAACUCCUGUUGAUGAGGCUAGUGUCUUUAUUCAAUAAAUUUUACAUACACACACACAUACACAGCAACAUUUGUAUCGUGAUUUAGCACUUUAAGUAUACUAAUUUAUGUACUGGCAGCUGUCAUGUGUGAGUGAACAUAUAUGGCAUUUUCUUGUUGCAGAUAAGACUCAUUAUAUUCAACUAAUGAGUAAAAUGAAAGGAAUAAGAACAUUAUCAAUACCUUCAAGAAAUGCAAGUGAAAGUCCUCUUGUGCGUAGUGAUAACAUGGUCAUUGCAAGAAAGGUACCUAACAUGUAUUUUAUAUAAACACGGCUCUAAAGUCUUUCUUACAGAAAAAUCAGACUCCAGUACCACUACAGCUGAAAGGUUUUCAGCAGAAUCUGUCCGGAACCUGAACUUCUAUGGGGGUUAGGGUUUUGGGUUGAAAUGGGGACGGCCAGUUACUGUCUCUUCUUCAAAGCUGUUUCCUCUCAUGUUGUUUAUUUUGUUUACUGAAUAUCUCGCUUAUUGGUGAAUGGAUAUCCCAACAGGAUAUUGCUCAACUGACAGGGGAUCCGAGGUACCUACGAUUUUAACGUCCUUAUCCGAGAAAUUCAAGACACGCAAGUGUCUAACUAUUUACGGAUGUCAUUGCUAAGGUAGCACUUUCUGCUCAAUUAUUUUAAGACCUUGAAUGGAGGUCCCACCAGGGGUUGAACCCGGGUCUCCCAACUCGAAAGGCAAGCGUGGUGACCACGACACCACAAGAGCUGGUUGGUCUAGAGAGGGUCUUCCGUCGCCAUUGAUCUCUAUCCUUAACAUCCUCGUGUGUCAUCUUGCUUAGUUUCAUGUCCUGUUAGAUACAAGAUUUACACAGCCAAGGUUCAUGCAUGACAUUGUUGUUAAUUCAUGGUUGUUUAAUAAAAGAAGACAAAAUCAAGUACACACGUAAAAAUGUCACAAGUUGUAACAAUGCUGUUAUUUUGUCAAGUUGCUACAAGGUUGUCACUCACAACUUGUUGACAAGUUGUUGAAUUGUUGGAGGAUAACACGUUGUUGGAACAACAACAGGUUAUUGGAACAACUUGUAACAAGAUAUUGAGUCAACAACUUCGUAACAAGGCGUUGACAACUUGUCAACAAGAUGGGAACCAGCAGUGCGAACGUAUCCUGAUGACAAGUUGUUGGAACAGCAUUGCAACAAUGGGACAACCAUUUAUGUAACUAUGGUAUAACAUGGUUCUUAAAAGUUUUUCUCCAAGUUGAUUCAAGGAUUGUUAAGUAUGCUGUAUAGCAUUGAUCUAAAUAGCAGUUUAAGGUAACGAAAUAAGAUGAAGUGGUUCUUAGUUAAAACCGAAAAAGAAAAAAGGGAAAACCUGAGUGAAUCGCUUUUUUUAACUCGGUCGAUCGAAACCACACAUAAAAAUAUUGCACGAUGCAACUCAAAAUUCUUGUCUUAAGGUGCUGCUACACACGCUUUUCGGCGUUGUUUCGCAAAGGAAACCCGAUCCUACAAAAGAUUUAAGACAUUGUCACACAACUUACACGUGUGACUCGAUUUUAUUGAAAUGGAAAAUAUUCGGGUUUUCGGUUUAUCGAUUAACCGCCUCACACUAUAUUUAUGAAAUUAUUUAUGUCCAUGCAGGAAAGAUUCCUUAGUCCCAUACAGUAAGUUCCACACAGAGAAACCAACCCGUAACCUCUAGAUUGCUAACCUGACGCUCUGCCAGUGGAGUAAAUGAACGGACAAACCUCCAUAACACUAGAGCAAAUUGUUUUCUCUGCAUGAAGCAAACGUGCAUUUUCUGUUUCGUUUAGGUCUCGAGCAAGAUUAACGAAUUAAAGAGAACUUAUGAUCAUGAAUACAUGCAUAGUCAACAUCAAUAAUUAUUGCAUGCUUUUCAAUGUAACUCUAUACAUAGUUAUUUAUAUAAAUUAAUUGGGAGAGGGGUUAUAAAAGAGAAAUUAUUUUUGUAUAGCCACCAAAUAAUCUAUUAUCUACAAAAUGAGAUUUUGUUAUUUUGCAUAUUAUAUAUUUAAGAAAUUAAAUGAAAUACUAUUCAUUAUUAUUAAA